CGCAGCUGAAGGUUUACCCAGAGCCACGUGAGCCGGGCUCGUGACUAGUGAAGGGACGGCUGCAUAACCCCAGCCCGGGAUGCAGCCGCGUGAGUCAGUGCCAGCUGCUGGACCUGUUGCUGCACUGGAGCACAGGCCUGGAGAGAUCUGUACCCGCCUGCCUUGUUGUGGGUGAACCGGGGGCACAUCGCUCCCAGGAUUCAUCCUGGGCUUCAUUUACAUGCCAAACGAAUGUCCCUUUCCUUUAAGCUCCUAAAAGAGGAAGUUAGUAGUUUGUCUCUCGUGCUGUGCGGGGAGUGAAAUGAUCUUUACACUGGAACUGCUGCUGCUGCUGGUCACUGUGGAGCAUCCCGCAGAGAAGGAAGGACGUUCCAGAGUGAUCUAGGCCACGCUGAUGGUCAGGAUCAACUGAGGACCAUCUGUGCCCCUCAGGAGAUGUGUGGUGGUACAGCAAAAGCUACAACCUGGCCAGCAGGCCCACAGGGGUCAGCCAGAUGUGGAACUGUCGCCAUCUCUGGCGCUGGAAGGAUUUUCAGGACACUUGUACAAGCAAAGAUUCCAAAAUGUGCCAGAGAAGGAAGGGGCACGAAUUCCGCAGUGCUCAACCACAGUUGGUCGUGUUCGGAGUUUGACCUGAGUGACAUCCGCCUGAUAGUGUACCAGGACUGUGAGAGGAGAGGCAGACAAGUCAUGUUUGAUUCCAGAGCCGUUCAGAAGACGGAAGAGGCGGCAGCCCAGAAAGCAGAGGACAUCCCUGUUAAAACGUCAGCCAGGUGCUGUCAGGAAAGCGGCAGUAUGAGCAGCAGCAGCAGCCGCAGCAGCAGCAGUAGCAGCAGCAGCAGCAGCUCUUCUCAUAGCUCUGGAGGAUCUUUACAGCAUGCUAAGGAACAGCUUCCAAAGUACCAAUACACGAGACCAGCAUCUGAUGUGAACAUGCUCGGGGAGAUGAUGUUCGGCUCUGUGGCAAUGAGCUACAAAGGCUCCACCCUGAAGAUACACUCCAUCCGUUCUCCUCCACAACUGAUGAUUAGUAAGGUCUUUUCUGCUAGAAUGGGUAGCUUCUGUGGAAGUACAAAUAACCUGCAGGACAGCUUCGAAUAUAUCAACCAAGAUCCUCAGGUUGGAAAACUGAACGCAAAUCAGAACAGUUUGGGUCCCUGUCGAACUGGAAGUAACCUAGGUCUGCUCCAGGCGUGCAGCAGCAAACUGCUGCAGGGGCUGUCGGAAGGAGGGCCGCUCCGCCUCACCCGGAGCGCUUCUUUCUUUGCAGCACACAGCACACCAGUUGAUAUGCCAAGCAGAGGGCAGAAUGAAGACCGGGAUAGCGGCAUCGCUCGAUCAGCUUCACUGAGCAGCCUUCUGAUCACGCCCUUCCCGUCUCCCAGCUCCUCGACGUCCUCUUCCAGCAGUUACCAGCGCCGCUGGCUUCGAAGCCAGACAACGAGUUUGGAAAAUGGCAUCUUUCCACGGAGGUCAACUGAUGAGACAUUUAGCUUGGCUGAAGAAACCUGUAGCUCUAAUCCAGCCAUAGUCAGAAGGAAGAAAAUUGCUAUCAGCAUCAUCUUUUCCUUGUGUGAGAGAGAGGCAGCUCAGCAGGAUUUCCAGGACUUCUUCUUCUCCCAUUUCCCCUUGUUUGAAUCUCAUAUGAACAGGCUGAAGAGUGCAAUUGAAAAGGCCAUGAUCUCCUGUAGGAAGAUUGCAGAAUCAAGUCUCCGAGUCCAGUUUUACGUGAGCCGUCUGAUGGAGGCACUGGGAGAAUUCAGAGGGACUAUCUGGAACUUAUAUUCUGUUCCAAGGAUAGCCGAACCAGUCUGGCUUACCAUGAUGUCCAACACCUUGGAAAAAAACCAUCUCUGCCAGCGCUUUCUCAAGGAGUUUAUACUUCUGAUUGAACAAGUCAACAAAAACCAGUUUUUUGCUGCCUUACUGACUGCGGUGUUGACCUACCACCUGGCCUGGGUACCGACUGUCAUGCCUGUUGACCACCCUCCCAUUAAAGCUUUGUCAGAGAAGCGCACCUCUCAGUCGGUGAACACGCUGGCCAAAACACAUCCAUAUAAUCCUCUGUGGGCACAGCUGGGCGACCUUUACGGAGCUAUAGGCUCUCCGGUGAGACUGACUCGCACUGUGGUGAUUGGGAAGCAGAAGGAUUUGGUCCAGCGCAUCCUGUAUGUUCUGACCUACUUUCUCCGAUGCUCUGAACUGCAAGAGAAUCAGCUGACCUGGAGUGGGGACCCUAGUGAGGAUGACCAAGUUAUAAAUGGGAGCAAGAUCGUCACAGCCUUGGAAAAGGGAGAGGUGGAAGAGUCUGAGUAUGUGGUAGUUACAGUGAGAAAUGAGCCUGCUCUUGUGCCACCGAUCCUACCACCAGGGCCAACUGAGAGCAGGAGCCCUGAGCCUGUGGGAGGACCUGAGGUCCCAGAGGGCAUCACUACUAAUAAUCUGGGUCACAGGCCUGAAACGAACGCAUGCACGAGGCCAGAGAAGAAUUCUGAGGCCAGUAUCAUGGGCUUCCAGGACACAGAACCUGGUAGAUUGUGGGUACCUCAAGCCAUAUUCUAUCAGGACAAACAGAAUGACCAAGAGGCAGACCAGGAUGGCUCUUCAAGACCUCCCAGCUGUGGGGUUCCCAGGGUAAAGGUAAGGGUGGACCAGCAAACUGUCCAUGAGGAGCUGCAUGGGGAGAUGCUAAAGAAACCAGCAGAGCGGUCAGUGGCCUGGCCCUGCCCUGACAGACAGCCCCAGGAGGAGCCUCCUGUUGAAAAGGUCACUUUCCACAUUGGAAGCUCUGUCUCUCCAGAGUCUGACUUUGAAAGCCGCACCAAGAAAAUGGAGGAACGGAUAAAGGCCUGUGGACAAUUUGGUGGGGCCAGUGCCUCUGUCGGGUCUAGCAUGGACACUGUCCUCACCCAAGACAAGCAGGGCUCUAGGUGCUCCUUCAAAGCUGACUUUCAAAAUGGCAUCACCCUUGCUCAGGACCACUCUUCAGGGGCAGAAGGUGUCUCUGAGGACAGAGGCCUCCAAGCCAGCAUCGUGGCACAUGCCGUGGCACAACUUAGCCAAGUGGGUAGCCCCCUUGCACCUUCCAGCUGCGCAGCAGGCAGUGGCCUGAGACCGUUGGAACAGACUAGAGAUUUGCAAUUAAAAGGCGAGAAAGGACCUUCAUCGGAGCCUGCUCCAAACAGAUGUAGACAGCAGGGCGACCUGUUGGAUGCUGCAGAUGUCCCCUAUGGGGAAGCCAGUGGUAAGGCCAGCCACAGGAUGGAAGGAGACAUUCCCAGGAACGAGAGCUUGGAUAGUGCUCUUGGAGACAGUGAUGAUGAAGCAUGUGUUUUAGCCCUGCUAGAGCUAGGUCACAGUCGUGACAGGACUCAAGAGCCCUUGGAAGUGGAGCUGCCUCUGCCAAGGUCUCAGAGCACCAGCAAACCAAAUGUUAGGAAUUUUGGCCGUUCCCUUCUGGCGGGUUACUGCAACACAUAUAUGCCUGACUUGGUGUUGCAUGGAACCAGCAGCGAUGAGAGGCUGAAGCAGUGCCUGGCGGCCGAUCUGGUCCACACGGUGCAUCAUCCAGUGCUCGAUGAGCCCAUAGCCGAAGCUGUCUGUAUCAUUGCAGACACGGACAAGUGGACUGUCCAGGUGGCCACAAGUCAGAGGAAAGUGGUGGACACCAUGAAGCUGGGCCAGGAUGUCUUGGUCUCUAAUCAGGUGUCCAGUUUACUUCAGUCUAUCUUACAGCUCCACAAGCUUCAGCUCCCAGCCGAUUUUUGCAUCAUGCAUCUGGAAGACAGACUACAGGAGAUGUACCUGAAAAGUAAAAUGCUCUCAGAGUACCUCCGGGGACACACACGUGUGCACGUGAAAGAACUGAGCGUGGUGCUGGGGAUUGAAUCCAACGACCUGCCUCUGCUGACCGCGAUUGCCAGUACCCAUUCCCCUUAUGUGGCGCAAAUCCUCUUGUAACUGACUCCAGGACAGUUCUCAUUGGAAACUCAACCGGAAAGGAGGAAGCGCUCAGUGAUGGCCAAGGCAUGAGAACGUGGAGCAGUAGGUCACCUGGCAUGCCUGUUGCUUAGUGGCUGUUCCAUUGGGAGGCUUGUGUUUACUCAAUACCAUGGCAAUUUGUGAUUGGUCCAGAACACUGAGCCUUUGUUUCCCAGGAAACAAAAAAAAGUGACCUUUGUGGUGGGAGAGAACUACAGUCAAACCAAGCAGCCACCCGGCACUGUUGGGCAGAAUGUUGAGGGCUGACUUUGGAGUAGGCGGCAACCCGUGUAUAGAGCAUUCCGGCUGGAAAGUGUUUCCUGUUUAAGCAUGAGGGAGCAUGCAGUGGUGCUCUAAGGACAAGCUGUGGCUUCUAGGUCAGAGCUCUCUUCGUGAGCACUGACCUGAAGAAAGCCACGUUGUACCACUGUCAGCUCCGUGGCUGUCGCAGAGCAUGAGGAAAGGGAUUGCCUGGUGUGAAGAGGGUGCUUUGGAGGCCCACAGCCGUCUCCUCGCAGAGCUUACUGUGGUUCCAGCGCAGCCACAGGCAGGUCUGAGAGGGAUUGCUGGUACAGUAAGCCCAAGAUGAGUGCAGCACCCCGCCCAUCAGGUACUGUGGACAGCUUUGGCAGGUGUGCGCUGAGACUGGGUGCUCAUCUCUGGCUUUCGUGUUUGUAGCCUUCUCCAGAAAGACCUUUUACCAAAGUUGUUUCCAUGAGCUCAGGCAAGCGUCUGUGGCUGUGCUCUCCAGCCCAGGUCUCCUUCCUCCUGGCCAUCCCUGCAGAUAACUGUCCAUGCUGGGGAGGGAACCCUGCCGCUGCUCUGACAGAGAAAGCAGGUAGCUGGGACAUUGAGAAGCGAUCCGUGUGCAAUCUCAGCUUUUACACCAUCAGCUCUGCACUUUUUAUCCCUUUAAUACUCUCUGAAAAGCAUCUUUCCAGAAAUUAACUUGACCAUUUAUCAAAGUUAUCAAAGAGAAGAACUGUAAAAGUCCAAUUGGUCAUUAAGCCUAAGGAACCUUAGUUUACUGACCAUAAAAUAGUCUGUGUUAAAAGACUUUAAAAACAAAAAACAAAAUCUGGUGUUUAAAAGACAGCAGCCAGUCAAGUACAUGAACCCCUGUCAGCCCCUCAGCUUCCAGCCUGUCUCUAGGCCUGAGAAUGGGGCAAAGCUUCGAGGGGCUCAAGCGACUUCAUAGUUUAUAUCUGGAAAAACCCUGAUCAUGUGACAUGCUUAUCCCUGUUCAUUACAGUUGAGACUCUGCUCCCCAUGCUACUGAGGACAAAUGCCGACUUUAGUCAUGUGUGUGGGCUCACUCUUACUUUCUGUGAUAAGUGAAAGUAGAUGGUGCUUCAAGGCACUUAAGAUCUUUCAUUUGCAUUUUAUGUGUUUCACAAAAUUGAAGUGUCCCAUUCCUUUAAAUAUCUUUCCACUUUCUACUACCUGACAUUUAUGUGCUGGUUUCAGUUUCCUGGCUCCAUGAUGUCAUCAUUUGCCAGGGAGCCCCACCUGUGGCUCAGCUUUCUGGGCACUUGUUUUUCCUUGGUGUGAAUGAGCUGUCAGAGCAGAUGUCAGAGCCUUCCAUCCUGCCAGCACAGACCUCUCCCCUUCUUUCUCCUGGCUUCUCUCAUAUGCUUGUGAAGUCUGCCUCACCAUCUUCUGAGGUUUGGGAGAAAAUAACUCAAUACGAAGUCGGUUCGGUUCUCGUGUAGCUGUAGUAAUAUGUUGACAGCCCAACAGGAGUUGAGCUGUGAACCGGUUGGUUCUCGGCCUCGUGCAUAAAAACUUAGCCCAGCCCUUCGAAGCCUGAAAAAAAAUCAAAUCUGCCUCUUAAUCUGAUGUUUCAAGUUUCAGAAGAACAGCUGGUGGGAAACUGACAGGUCACAUGGGUCCUCUCGGGGCCCCACCCUCACUUGUUGUUACAGAGAAAGACAUGGCUGCUCUUCUUCUGGCUCCUAAGUUGUGAGAUGGGUGUCCACAUUUUCUUUGUCUUAAAUCCAGCCUCUUCUCGGAAGCAAAAAACAAGCAAAACAUCUCACAGACGUGUGUUGAACCCACAUCUUCUACUGACGGCUCCAUUUGUCAUAGCCGAAGUCCAAAAAGGGGUCUCACCUUCUCUGAGGCCCAACUCAAGGGAAAAUUAAAACAUUUUAAUGUUUAAUAAAGAAAUCUACCUCAGCUGACAGGAUUCCACCUACGCUAGGGUUUCUUCAGCUCUUACGUCUUACCUGUUGAAUGUCACUUUGGCAGCACCCUGCUUGUUUGAUGAAGCAGGCUACCGAGGCACGACAGAGCAAAGUGUGUAUGUGUUCCUGUGAUGACCUCUUUCUUAGCAUGUUUCAGUUUUAUAUUUGAUAAGUUGAUAAGUGAUAUGAAUGUAUAGGUAAUUGCGUAUGUUCUAAAAACAUGACAAUGAAAAUCUAAAAUGUAGCUUCCAUACUUGUGCAUAAUCCCAAAGCUUCCUAUUUUAUCAGUGUUAAGUAGCUUUUGUACAGCUUCAUCCCAUCUUCCAGAAGGGAAAAAGUCACGCAUCUUCUCACACCUCAUGGAGCUGCCGUUUACACACCACAACUUUUUAACUUACUGUAUUUUUCAGAAUUAACUUUUUUGGAGGGAGGAAAAUCCCCACUUGCUAAACUGUCUGGGCUCUUAAUAUGGGGUCUUUGGAUUUUAUAAACUGGCCUGUAGCUUUUUAGGUUUUUCAUUAGUUGGAUGUACAUAAAGAAUAGAAAACAACCCUCAGAUUCUGGUAAAUGUUUGGAUUUGUCCACUGAUGCACACUAGGGUAUAAGUUCACUCAUACUUUCAUCAUUAAAUCGCAAAGAUCCACAACUUCCUUGAGUUAAUGUGAAACCUUUGUUUUUAUUGUGCUUGGUGGAGAAGACAUUUUAAUACAAUUUUUGCCUAAAUCAAGCAGCCCACUUUGAAUGUUAAUUUUUUAAAAUGCUAAAAUUUUAUGAACACCUGGAACAUGCAUUUGCAUUAUGUUUAAAUUUCAGUGUUUUAAAAAGGAGGAAAUUCUGGGAUGUGUUAUUGUUGAUCUCAUUAAGAGAAAUUGAUAGGACUGUUAAAUCAGUUGAAUGGAUACCAAUGUCAACGUGUGGGAAUUUUUUCUUAAAACAACAUUCAUGUAUUAUUUUGAUCCAUUUUUCUGUGACACUUGGUGCAAUAAACUUUUUGAAUUUACCUUGCA